AGUCAUCAAGCUUUAGGGAGUCAGCUCUGCAGCCUCCACAUCCACCAUGGCUCCCUCUGCCUGCCUGCUCUUACUGCUCCUGCUCGGCAUCGCUCAGGCGCUGCCCGUCGAAGAGAAAGAAGGCCAUAAAGAAGGCGGCGAAGAAGGUGGUGAAGAGGGUGAUGAAGAUGAGGAUAUAGACUUCACCACCAAGAUCCUCACCAGCAACAACAACACUGACAAGUUCCUGCUAGAAGGAGACCUGGUGGCUCCUACAAACAGGAAUGCCAUGAAGUGUUGGUCCAACAGCUGUUUCUGGAGGAAAGCCUCCAACGGUUUGGUGAUGAUCCCUUACGUCAUUGGCCGGGAGUACACCCCAAGGGAAGUGGGCACCAUUGAAGGCGCCAUGAGGGCAUUUAGUGGCAGAACCUGCAUCCGCUUUGUCCGCCGCACCAAUGAGUACGACUUCAUCAGCGUUGUCAGCAGAAACGGAUGCUACUCUGAGCUGGGCAGAAAGGGAGGACAACAGGAGCUGUCUCUCAACAAGGGAGGCUGCAUGUAUGGUGGCAUCGUCCAACACGAGCUCAACCACGCUCUGGGCUUCCAGCAUGAGCAGACCAGGAGCGACCGAGACGGCUACGUCCGGAUCAACUGGCAGAACAUCAUCCCAGCUAGUGCCUACAACUUCAACAAGCACGACACCAACAACCUGAACACCCCCUACGACUACUCCUCCAUCAUGCACUAUGGAAGAGAUGCCUUCUCCAUUGCCUAUGGGCGGGAUAGCAUCACCCCCAUCCCUAAUCCCAAUGUCCCCAUCGGCCAGAGGAAUGGCAUGUCCCGCUGGGACAUCACCAGAAUCAACGUCCUUUACAACUGUCGUUAAACAUGUUUUUGUCUAAUAAUCUGAAAAAGUAGAAAUAAAGUAGAUGCAAAG